AUGUUUAUUGCUCGGUCAGAAUAUGAUCGUGGUAUCAAUACCUUUUCCCCAGAAGGCCGUCUCUUCCAAGUCGAAUACUCUCUUGAAGCAAUCAAGCUCGGCUCGACCGCAAUUGGUGUAGCUACAGGUGGAGGAGUAGUACUGGGCGUCGAAAAGCGUGUCACAUCCACCCUCCUCGAGACCUCAUCCGUCGAAAAGAUCGUCGAAAUCGACCGCCACAUUGGCUGUGCUAUGUCCGGACUGCAAGCCGACGCCCGAUCGAUGGUCGAGCACGCCCGAGUAGAAUCGCAAAAUCACGCCUUCCAUUACAACGAGCCGUUGAGGGUUGAGAGCUGUACACAGGCCAUCUGCGAUCUAGCGCUGAGAUUCGGUGAGGGUGCUGAUGGCGAGGAGAGUAUUAUGAGCAGACCGUUUGGUGUUGCUCUUCUGAUUGCUGGGUAUGACGAGGAUGGACCACAACUGUACCAUGCAGAGCCAAGUGGAACUUUCUACAGAUAUGAUGCUAAGGCUAUUGGCUCGGGUUCGGAGGGUGCGCAGGCAGAGCUGCAGAAUGAGUUCCACAAGUCUUUGACUAUUGAGGAAGCCGAGACGCUUGUGUUGAAGACAUUGAAGCAGGUGAUGGAGGAGAAGCUGGAUUCGAAGAACGUCCAACUAGCAAGCGUGACCAAGGAGAAGGGUUUCAGAAUCUACACCGAUGCAGAGAUGGCUGCCGUUGUAGAAAGAUUACCAGCGAAUUGA